CUCACCACCAAAGUUUGUUUACGAAACGCAGAGGAAAGGAAAAAAAAAAAAAAAAUAGGAAGUGUGUGAUAGCGCUUUUUUCACUGGUUUUGUUUCGCCCGAACCAAACAGGAGAUGGAGAAGAAGAAAACGUUGCGUGGAGUACAGAAGAGAAAGCCCACUAAGCGUAGCAAGAAAAAGCUGCUCAAGAAAGUAGGAGACUAUCUCAGAUCGGAUUCUUACAUGUUUGCUCCUCUCAUCUCUUCCCAAUCUAAGACUCUUCGUUCUUCUGCUGAAAGAGCGGAAGUGAGAGAACCCAUCAGAGAAAACAAGAACAAAAGCCUAAUCGAGAAGAUUGGGGAGUAUCUGAAGUCUGAUACCUACAUGUAUGCUCCAUUGGUUGAUCCUCCUCGAUCAAUUAGUCCUCUUCCUACAAACAAGUCAUGCGAUAGAAAUCAUGCUGAUCUGCUGCUGCUGACUCGUCAGAAGAAGCAAUUUUCCAUAAAGGACUCCACAAGCAAUGUGAAGGUCAUUUCUAAGGAGUCCAUUGGUUGCUGAGCAGUUGAGGAAAUAGAGUUGUGUUAGAAUUGAAUUAGGAGUAUUUGUUAUUAGUUGUUUGUUUGGGAAUAGGAUUAUCAUCAGGUUGCAAUUGGGUGUUUUAGGAUUUUUAGGUCUUUUAGGAUUCAUCUGUUGGUUAUUACCAUUUCUAUCAGGAGUUGCGUGUUUCUUUUUCUAUAAAAUCAGAGUUUGCCCGAAAAGAGUUUGAUCUUUUACCAGUUUGUCAUCAUUGGUCCAGACAUCCCCUUCAACAUCUCAGCUUUUCUUAUACCCCUUCGAGCCUUAUGCUGCAACAAAUAUCCAGAACUCAACCUCAUCUAUUACCCAAGCUUCACUACCAUAAUCAUGGUUCAUUUUCUUAUCCUUUUUUCGUUUCCUUCACUUUCCUCUUCCUUAUUUCAUCUACCACCUGUAUUUUUCUUCCUUUUUUUGGGACUUCAAUUGAAUGGAAUCAUUACUUAUGAGAAAUGAUGGUCAUGAAUUUCAUAUUUCUUUUUAAGGUUAGUCGACAUGGUGUCAUAGCAGAGGCAAGGAAAGCAUGACUAACCCUCACGACAUUUUGAAUCCACAUGGUUUGGGAUUAAUGACAUCAUAUAAGAGACAUUGAACCUACUAAAUAUUUGUAAGGAUUAGAUUCCUCAAUCAUAGCAGAAUAUUAAUGUUUUUUUGUGGUUUUACUGUUAUAUAUGAUAGCAGAAUAUAUGAUAAGCAUGGAGAUUAAAGAUGAAGGAAAAUCACAUGUCUAGUAGAUCAGUGAAAAGGACCAAAACGAAAAUAUAGUGCAUUAAAUGACUUCCGGCUAUUCAUUAGAAAAAAUGACCCUGGGCUGAAAAGAGAAAAAAUUGCAGAAGGAUGGUAUUUUUGAGGUCGAAAAUGGGUCUGAAUGAGGAGUACGUCAUAGUGCCCGUUAAGUCAGUCGAUCUUUCAGCUGACCGCAUUCCUCAUCAAGUCAAUCUUCCCAUUCCAUGUCCAAUUUGAUGCUUAGUUGAAGUUUUGCCAUGAAUCUAAGUUCUGUUAUGGGCUGAAUGGUUGGGCUUCCAUGCAUCUGCCUGCCCUUGGAAGUCCAUACCCCAUUACUUUUGUUUAAAAAUGAGUUUCAUCAUCACUUGAACUAUUUGUUUCAUUAUAUUCCUGGACCUUCAUGGUACAUGAAAAGGGUGACGA